AUGGCCACCCCCAGUGUUCUCACCUUUGACGCUGAGGGUCGGGCUGUUGACUUUGAGGUCUGGCUCGAUGAUCUGCAGCUUUUCCUACAGUGCGAUAGGGCAGACGGUCUCUCCCUCUUUGACCUCACUUCUGGUGCCUCUCCUUCCCCUGCUGCUGAUGCUGACGCCACUGUUCGCUCACAGUGGGCCACGCGCGAUGCUGCUGCCCGCCUUGCUGUGCGCCGCCACUUGCCGACCGCUGAGCGUGCGCACUUUAGUCAGUACAAGAGUGCUAAGACCUUGUACGACGCUGUAGUUGCACGCUACUCUUCCCCUGCCACUGCUGCGCUUAGCCGCCUCAUACUGCCGUACCUCUUCCCUGACCUCGCCGCUUUUCCCACUGUCGCAAACCUCGUUACGCACCUUCGCACUAGUGACAUUCGCUACCGCGCUGCGGGUGCUCCCCCUCCCCCCUCUUGCCCUCUGUUGCCUCUGCUGCUGCGGUCGACCUUGUUGGUCUUGAGUCGGUCGCUGCGGCGUCUACCUCUAGCGGGAGACGCCGCCCAGGCAAGGGCAAGGGGGGCAAGGGCGUUGGGGGAGCUGGCGGAGGCGGUGGAGGCGGCAGUGGAGGAGGCGGAGGGAGUGGGGGUGGCGGUGGGAGUGGUGGUGGGAGUGGUGGUGGGAGUGGGGGCACUAGUGGAGGCAGUGGCGGCGGAGGAGGAGGCGGUGGUGGAGGUAGCGGCGGCGGAGGUGGAGCGGGUCGGGGCGGCUCUACGCAGAGGGUCGGCUCCGGUGGUGGUACGCGCCAGCAGCAGCAGCAGCAGCGUACUCGUGAGACCCCUUCCCCCCAGCAGCUUCGUGAGUGGUACACUGCUCGUCAGCGGGGCGGGGGUGCUGGCCCCUGUACCUACGUUCUCCGUACCGGCGACCGAGCGGGUGAGCAGUGUUGGGGAGCGCACUCCACCCAGCGCUGCUUCGGCCGUCUGA